AAAAAAAAAAAAAAAAAAAAAAAAUUGAAACACAAAUUGUAUGUGUACCACAGGCUUUUCUAAAACAGGGGCAACCUUUCAUUUCCACCACAGCCUGCUGGAAUCCACAGACAGCUAACAACCACUGUGCUGUCACAGGGAGUUGCAUGGUCUAGUGAUUAGAGAUUCAUGUCCUACCACCUCCUUCCUGAAGUUUAUUUUCAAUAUCCUUAGAUAUUAAGAAAAAGGAAAUCCUUGAUGUAACUUUAAAAAAUAUCUACACUGGGGUUUUAAGCUUCUGAGUAAUCAGGUUUCUGUAAUUCAGCCCACCCUAAAUAAAGACAGACAAAAAUGUAUAUUGUUACUGAUUCCUUUUUUUCCUUCUUUCAGCCUGUAAAUUGGUUUUAUUCUCAACACAGUGAAUAUAAAAACAUUCUGUGUACAACCAGCCUCCAUUUACUGCAGUUCAUUUUGAAUCUAUAGAUUCCUUGCAAUUACUAAUUGUAUUACUAAUAUUUUAUAUAUUUGGCUCCUGUUUCUCUAGAGUCUAAUGGACUCAUAUUACAUUGUUAAAUGUAUUUAUUCAGUUUGGAAAAACAAAUAUACAUUGGAUUUUGUGCUUGGUAGGUUUUUCGUUAUUAGGACAGAAAAUUUUCUGUAUGACAUGACAAAUAAUUUACGGAACUCCUAAUAUAGCCUAUUUCAUAUCCGUGUAGAUGUUCAACACUUUCAAAAAUGAAUGUAUUUAAGUGCAGGGUUUAACCAUUGCAUGUGUAGUGUUUUUUACUACUUUACACAGGUUGGCUAUACUCUUCUUUUGCAUAUAACUUGUGUAUAUUCAAUUUGAUUGAAGAAUCAUUAUUUACUGUGGAAAGUAGUCAAAAUAUGAGUAAGAAUAUAAUACAUAAAAAAUAGGUUUAUAGUCUGAUGUUUUUCUAAUAAUCCCUCAGAAUUUCAGCAGUGAGAUCUUUAAUUUAGGGCCAAAUCUUGUUCAAACACAUACAGUCCUACACAGAUUAGUGCUUACAAUUUGGUGGACAAGAACAGCAUUCAUCUUGUUUUACAGAAUAAAAUGUCUAAAAUGAACAUGCAACAUUGCGAUAUGACUAGACAUUUCUCUUCCUUCACCUUGAACAGAAAUUCUCAGGGGCUCCAUGAUCUCUGUGCCACCCUUAUUUGAUUUUUCUAAUCAGAUUUGUAAGGAUUUCCCAGUACUCUAUUUAGAUGUGUCUGGCUGAAGGUACCCACCUUGAUUUGGAAGAUGGAAAUAAUACCUCCACUGAGAGUUUUCCCACUCUAGUACAGAGGCCGAAGGCUAAGGGAUGUUAAACAGUCUUGCUAGUGCUUUUUCACUUCAGGGAAGGUACCUUAUUUGUGCCUGGAAGCUCUGAUAUACAGAAUUCUUCUACUGGUAACAGCAGUGAGUCAUGGAAUGAUUUCCUCCUUGCCUGGCCUGUUGACCUGGCCUGUUGUUGGGAGAUGCAGGUACCUGGGGGAUCAAUGCACAGCAUCAUCUCUAGCCACCAAAUUGGGAUCUGACAGUUAAGCAUAGAACUAAACUGUUGAUGCACUCCUGCCACAGUGACAUCAUAAGCUCAUUUUAAAAUGCAUAUGACAGCAGGUAUGUAUUUUUUCCUUUACUGACACACACACAAAAAAAGGAGCUUAGUUUAUAGUUAAGAUUGUGUAUUAAACCUGAAGAUGACAAUGGUUAAAUGAAAUUAAUUCUGCCUCAAAGUGCAGUCUGUGUAUGUUUGAAGGGAUUUGAUACCUCUGAAGGUAAGUUUAGUUGUUGUCAUGCUUAUCAGGUGGACCAUUCUUGUAACACUGUGGUUUUAUUCAUAGGUGACACUACUGUAUGCAGUUCUUCACGAGACACAACUUGAAAUAUUUUGAUAAAAUGAGAUGCUUGCGGAAACGAUCAGCAGUGUCAUUCUUAGGAAUCCUUGUUGUUUGCUUGCUGUUCAUGAACUUGUACAUUGAGGAUGGUUAUGUUUUGGAAGGGGACAAGCAAUUAAUCAGAGAAACAGCCACCCACCAGCUCAACCCAGAGCGUUAUGUUCACAGUUUUAAAGAUUUGUCUAAUUUCUCAGGAUCUAUAAACAUUUCCUAUCGCUACCUAGCUGGCACACCUUUGCCAAGGAAAAGGUAUCUUACUAUUGGCCUUUCCUCUGUAAAACGGAAAAAGGGAAACUACUUGCUUGAGACCAUCAAGUCCAUAUUUGAGCAGUCAAGCUAUGAGGAACUAAAAGAAAUUGCAGUGGUAGUACAGCUGGCAGAUUUUGACUCAGCCUGGUGUGAAGGGAUGGUCCAGGAUAUUUCACAGAAAUUUGCACAUCAUAUAAUUGCGGGCAGAUUAAUAGUUAUUCACGUCCCUGAGGAUUACUAUCCUGUACUGGAUGGCCUUAAGAGAAAUUACAAUGACCCCGAGGACCGUGUGAAGUUUCGAUCAAAACAAAAUGUAGAUUAUGCUUUCCUUCUAAACUUUUGUGCUAAUCUCUCUGACUACUAUGUGAUGCUGGAAGACGAUGUUCGCUGCUCAAAGAAUUUUUUGACUGCUGUUAAGAAAGUAAUUACCUCACGAGAAGGAUCCUACUGGGUGACACUGGAAUUCUCCAAGCUGGGGUACAUUGGAAAGCUUUACCAUUCUCAUGACCUACCACGCCUGGCCCAUUUUCUAUUGAUGUUUUACCAAGAAAUGCCUUGCGAUUGGCUGCUCAUCCACUUCCGUGGGCUGCUAGCUCAAAAGGAAGUGAUACGUUUUAAGCCAUCUCUCUUCCAGCACAUGGGAUACUACUCGUCUUACAAAGGAGCUGAAAAUAAGUUAAAGGAUGAUGAUUUUGAAGAGGAAUCCUUUGAUAUCCCUGACAACCCACCUGCAAACUUGCACACCAAUAUGAAUGUAUUUGAAAACUACGAGGCAAGCAAGGCUUACAGCAGCAUUGAUGAGUACUUCUGGGGCAAAGCUCCUUCUACUGGAGACUUCUAUGGCAUCGUAUUUGAAAAGCCCAUUAAAAUCAGUAAAAUUAAAGUUGUCACUGGAACUGAAGAUCGGCAAAAUGACAUUUUACAUCAUGGGGCCCUGGAAGUAGGUGAAAAGAUUGUAGGCAGUAAAAAAGGAAGACAAUGUACGACUUACUUGAGACUAGGGGAGUUCAAAAAUGGGAAUUUCGAAAUAACAGAUGUAGAGCACAAAGUUCUGUUUGAUAUUAACUGCAUGAGAAUACUUGUUACUAAAAGUCAAAAAGAAUGGUUGAUCAUUAGGAGCAUUAGCGUCUGGACUUCUCAAACACCAAAUCAAUAAAGCAAGGCCACCUGAGAAGGUACAGGGUGCAUACAAUCAACUGGGUCACAACUGGUGCCACUCCCCAGAAAAACAGACACUUGUAGCUCUUCACUAGAGACACUGAAUAUCUGGGGAAACCACAAAACAAGUAAAGCAAUUUAUUUUUUACCAGUUUGGUCAGGCAAUAUACAAACAUUUAUUUGUUGAAAAUUUUGAAUUUUAUAGAAAACAAAAGGUUCUCAUACCUCUCUUGAGAUCUUUAAACCCUUUUUUUAUUAUUAUUUCUCUGUAAGAGAGAUCUUGUGGACUGUACAGAACAAAAACUCCCACCUUAUAAUUGCCAAAAGGUUUAAAUCUAUGACCAUUAUGUUGUGAAAAGAAAUUGGAUUGCACCUUAUGCACAUAAAAAUUUAAAAUCUUAUGGUAGUAUGCAUUUGUACUGUAGUUGGUAAUGUGUUUCUUUUCCAGGCAGUUGUGACAAGGAGAUCUGUCCUGAAACUGGCAGUUUACUUCUGAGCACUGUAAGAAAAUAAUGUGGCUAGUCAUUGCAACUUCUUGUCAAAAGGGAAUGUAUAAAAUUAUAAAUUUGACAUGACAAUUAUGUAAAAAAUAGAUAAUUGCAUCUGUUAUUCUGUCUCAACAAAUAUCCUUUGUUCUUUUUCCUGGAUCCUUACACUGAAAUGAGCACUACUUGGAUUCUAUAUUACCUAAGGGACCAAUUUACUCUCCUUACUUGUUCAAAUUGCCUCACACCAAGCAAGCCUUCUGCUUGAGUACCAAUGCCAGUAUCAAACCCAGGUACCUCAAGAGCAGCACUGUUCUCUUAGAGAGACAUUUUAACAGAUCUCAGCUUCAACAUCUUCUGUUCUUUCAUGCUAUGGAGAGCUCCCCCUGAGAAAUUUGCAGAUAGCUGUAUACUGCAGCCUGGUUUCCAAGGACUGUCAUACCUUCCAUAUCUACAUGUCCAGUUCAUGCAUGAUACAGAGGGAAAGUGUACUGGGUUAAACAGUUGGGAGUGAAUGUAAUCUCCAGUCUGUCCUGGAUGAUCUGUAGUCAAUAGAAGAGACACAAAAUGAAGAAUCUUAAUACAAAGAGAAAUUAAUAUGUUUCUGAAUUGGGGCUUUUUUUUUGGUGUUUUGAAGUUUUUAAACUUUCUGAUCCUGACAGUAUUGUAGACAUCUUCCCACUGCCACUUGUUAUUUCCUAUAAACAUAUUUUUCCCGGCUUUAGUCAAUAAACAGAAAAGUUCCUCCAGUCCAUAUGACUUCAGUGUUAGCUCUGGGCUUCUAGUGUGUCACACAGGGAGGCUGUAUAGCAUAUGAUUUACACUAUAUGCAUACAUUUAGGUUACAGGAUCUAUGGACAUUUUCCUCUAAGAAAUUCCCUAGAUUGUCCCAGCAGACAUACUAAGAAAUAUAUGAUUAGCAAGUGUGACAGAGAUGAACAUUGUAUUAUCAAUCUCAUGAAUACUGUGCUCAUCACUAGAUUGUAUUUAGUGGGGUUAGUUAAACCUGGAAGGCAAGAAUUAAAUUUCAAGAAUGCUUACACUGACAAAGAGUGAACUAGCUUCUGGAUGAGUACAUACAAACCUAACAUGAGUAUUUCAGGAGGAUAAAUUAUUUUUAAAUCUACACAAAAUAUCAAUGCAAUUGAUCUUCCUUGCUCAGAAAUUUGGAUAAAUUCAGAUCCAACUUUGGCAAAACACCCAAUA